UCCUCUUCCAUUUCCUUACUCUCUUUGGUUAGCCCUUUUUCUUGCUCCACCCCAUCAAUGGCGUCUGCAAGAUCAUUUGCAGCUCCCAAGACCAUAUCUUCUUCAGCAAUUAGGGCACUUGAUUCAAGAUCAUCUCUUUCCUAUAUUCAGACCCAGAAACCCUUAGGGUUUAAGACUUCCGACGACUCAUCGUCAAGCCGGAUUCUUAGAUCUGUAAGUACCCACCAGAAUCUCUCAACCCGGAGGAGCACAACCAAAUCCUUCUUCGGCAAGAAGGAGAAUCAUAAACCAGAUUCUUCUUGCACAACCAGACCCACAAAAGUUCAGGAGUUUUGUGUGUACGAGAUCAACGAAAGAGACCGUGGAAGCCCUGCAUACCUACGUCUGAGCCAGAAACAGGAGAACUCACUAGGCGAUCUCGUCCCUUUUACCAACAAGGUGUAUACAGGGGACUUGCAGAAGAGAUUGGGGAUAACAACUGGGUUGUGUGUGCUGAUCCAACAUGUACCAGAGAAGAAAGGAGAUCGAUAUGAAGCGAUCUACAGCUUCUAUUUUGGGGAUUACGGGCACAUAUCAGUGCAAGGGGCGUAUGUGACCUACGAAGACACAUACCUUGCUGUGACGGGUGGAUCAGGGGUGUUCGAAGGGGUUUAUGGGCAGGUGAAGUUGCAGCAAUUGAUCUUCCCUUUCAAGCUGUUCUACACGUUUUAUCUGAAAGGAAUUCCUGAUUUGCCAGCUGAGCUAUUGACAAAUCCAGUUCCUCCAUCCCCUACUGUUGAACCUUCAUCUGCUGCCAAGGCUGUUGAGCCACAUGCCACCAUUCCCAACUUUACCAACUAA